AAUCCCUACGCGGAAAGUCGUCCUUCCCCCUCUAGUCCUACCAACUCUUCACGUUGUUGUGUCGCAUCUCCGCACCGUAUAUCAAACGCACCCAGCACUUCGAACGAAAACAAAUGGCGUAAACAACGGAGAACACUACCGCGUUUCGGGUUGUGCAAUUUCAGUGUAAAAAGUUGAAUUUCUGGCUAGUGUUUUCUAAUGUUUUUGUACAAAUCCGAUAAUUCAGUCGUUCGCCAAACUACUAAUCGUGUAGAUUCCGAUUGUUUGAUUCAGAAUCGACGGUGUUUGGUGGAGUAAUUUACGCGAGUUCAUUCAACUUCAGCUGUGUAUGUGAUGAAAUUGUGCGGGUGGGCCGAUGGAAGUUGUACGGUGGCUGCAUAGGGUAUUGUGCUGGAAGGAUAUGCUUCCGGAUGACGACGUGGUUUCAGUUGUCGCCGGAUCGAUGAGGGUGGUGAUGAGGGGUGCGAUAUCGUGUUUGUGUAUAGUAUAGGUUAGGUUGGGAGCAAUGGUAUCUGAAUUUGAAAAGUCAAUGCUUGCGAAAGAAAAUAUCUGCACAGUGAUCAGUAAGGUUUCAUGCUUAGUGGAAAAAGUUAAUAGAAGAAUUUCAUUUAGACAAACGAAGAUAGUUCUAAAUUAUUACUGUACCGAGGCAACUGUUUGAAUGUAUUGGUGAUUGAUGCCAAACAAAUCUAUCAAAACAUUCUGCUGGAUAUUUUCAGAUCACAACUACCAACAUCAUCGACCAGUGUUCAGCUGUAUUUAAAAUUUCUACCUCAACGGUCAACGGACAUACACAUUCGAAACAAUUGGGAAGAACAUGGAAAUUUGCGUGUUUUCUGGUAGUUAGUGCCGGUCAAGGUGUGUGUUCCUCCAUAUACAAAGUGUUAGGCAAGAGGUUUUUCUCUUUUCCGUAAAACAACGCGUGCCAUCGUUUCGUGUAAAUACGUGACAACCGUUCUACUGCCGAAAAAAGUGUUCAUCAGCGUAAUUGACUGCCUUAGUGAUAAUGAUAUGGUUAACACGGACUACGGAACCGUAUUUUUAACAAAAUAGUGUAAUCUAGCCGGAAUGAACAAAUGGACAGAGCGUCGGUGACAGUGAUCGUGGGACAGUGUAGUGAGUGGGAGAUAUGCGUGAACAAAAAAGAAGCAAUGUGGCCUGGCUGUGAUAAGGGUGGAACUACUGUCAAGGCCGACGCAGCUUGCCAUAGCCAACAGGAAACGUUGGCCGAUAUCGAGCACAUUUCGACAAUUGCCGGAUCGCUCGGCAGCAUUGGAACUAUUUCUCAAGGUCCUGACGGAGAUCCUGUCUAUGAAACCGACCAUACUGACCUUAACUCCGAGUACGAUGAAGUGGAGUUGCGCAAGGAACUGAUGAAAGACAAAUGGCGUCAACUUUUCAAUGCGGUGAGUGCUGUUAAUAAUCAUUUUAUAUUUCAUACUGACACCACCGACUUCAUCUUUCCAGUUCGAUCCGGAAGGCUUCGGUGAGAUUCCGGUUGAUGACUUCAUCGAAGCCCUCAAAUCGCCGGAGUUUCUGGCCAAUGUACCGCCCAACAAGCGGGACAUUCUUUACGAUCGUGCCUUGAAGGCUAAAACCUCCAAGGCGGAAGCGAUCUCGUUCCAGGAUUUCGUGAAUGUGAUGAGCGGCAAGCGGUCGCGUAGCUUCAAGUGUGCAGUCCAUCAUCGCGAUCGUGAAGUUUGUUCGGAGAACGAUUUUCAUCUGAUAUUUGAAGAUCCACCAUUAUUCAAGAGAAUGGUGCACGUAAUAGCAAUGGAAGUGCUCCCCGAAGAGCGGGAUCGAAAGUACUAUGCGGACAACUAUUCGUGCUGUCCGCCUCCGUUAUUUGUGAUAUUAGUUACAUUAGUUGAGUUGGGUUUCUUCACCUACCACACGCUUACCUCGGGUCAAGCGGAUCCGGCCGGUCCGGUCCCAAUCGAUUCGAUGUUCAUCUACCGGCCAGACAAACGGCACGAAGUCUGGCGGUUUCUCUUCUACAUGGUUCUACAUGCCGGAUGGUUCCAUCUGGGUUUCAACCUAGUCGUGCAACUCCUAGUUGGGCUACCAUUGGAGAUGGUACACGGAUCAACUAGGAUAGGUUGCGUCUACCUGGCGGGAGUGCUGGCUGGUUCGCUAGGAACCAGUGUGUUCGAUCCCGAAGUCUACCUCGUCGGGGCCAGCGGGGGCGUGUAUGCCCUGCUGGCCGCCCACCUAGCGAAUGUUAUGCUCAACUACCGCAACAUGCAGUACGGCAUCAUUCGGCUACUGGCGAUAUUCCUAUUCGCAUCCUGCGACGUCGGUUUCGCGAUCUACUCCCGGUACGCGGUCGAGCCGGAAAGUGGCGCCCCCUCGGUGUCGUACGUGGCGCAUCUCACCGGUGCCCUGGCCGGCCUCACGAUAGGCCUGCUGGUCCUGAAAAACUUCGAGCAGAAACUGCACGAACAGCUGCUGUGGUGGGUAGCGCUCGGGGUGUACGCCGCCUGCACCAUCUUUGCCGUCGUGUUCAACCUGCUCAACACCGUCACCGUGCAGAGGCUAGAGGAGGAAGGCGAACAGGUACUGAAGCAGCAUCUUUUCAACAACUUUGGGUUUUAGAGGCGUGGGCGCGCGCCCGGUCGGUGGCGUCUGUCAUACUCGAAGGCGUUCUGGGUCGGAUGCGUUCUAAACGCGCAUGGCUAACGGUUCACGCCAAGAGUCUAAAAACUUCAAAGAAAUGGGCGAAAAGUGCAUGGAUUCGGUACGGUCUCGAGGCUGUGGCCACAUGGAAUUGAACUACUUAGGGCCUCGAAAAACAAAAGUUGUGAUUUGUGUAUAGACUUAUUUUGUAUCCACUAUGUUUAAAUACCUUUGGGGAAUUUGGUAAGAACUUGAAAGUCUUGAACCGACAUCAGUAUGAAUUGAUUAGUGAAGAUUAAGAACAAUGGCAAGCUCAGUGACCUCGACAAACUGAUCGGAUGGGCAGGAGGUGUAGCUGAUGAUCAGUUUUAGAUUUAUGUGAUUUUUUUGUAAAGAAUGAUAAGUGGAAACAGCGCGGAAGGUUAGCUCGACAAUCAAUUUGGCUGCGUGCUCGCAAACUGAAGAACAUUCGCAUCCGAAUACGUAACAUCCAUCUGUGCACAGUAAUUGAAAUCUCGGAAAAACACGAUCAUCGGCAUUAUCAUUCUGAAACAUGAUUGUUUUAAGGAUUUCAACCACCGUGCUUUGGAUUGAACUAAGUGCAUUACUUUUUAACUACACUGAAAAACCGAGCCAAUCCACUUUAUUCGUCCCCCAUAGCAAGCACGGGUCACUUUGAUUGUACCGUACAGAGCGAUCCGUUUCGGUCCAAGAUACCAAAGACUGUAAAUGACAUUAUUUCCCUGGAAACGCGAUGAUCAUAGUUAGCGAAUGUCGACUAAAACCGAGGAGUCGUUAAUCUCCUAUUCGAGUCCAGUACACCUUUUUUCGUGUAAAUACGUGAACACUUUUAUGGAGAAACUGAACUAAUCCGAGUCGAUCCCAAAAUCACCUUUUUGAAUUUCUCUACGGAAUUUACGAAAAUGUAUUAUUUGCUAUAGCACUGUACAUUCACUCAUUAUAAUCUCAAUGCAAAAUAGGUAGGAAUACCUAACGUUCCAAAAAAUGCAAAAAUACGAGUAAACAAGUUAGUUAGGCUCUUUAAAAUGGAAUACACUGAAAUAAAGAGAAAUUCCUAUUAAUACUGCAUAUUACUACACUGCUGAAAGAGGAAAUCAAUAAUUCUAGUCAAUUUCUUUGAAACUAUUAUCAUUAUUAUUAUUAAUAUUAUUAUUAUUAUUAACAUGAACAAAUCCGAACCUUUCGAAGAGAAUAGAAAACAUAAAGUAUUGUAGCGAAAAAUACACAUACACACACUCAACUUAUUCAAGUCAUUAAUCACAAAGAAAUUUAGUGUUUAUUUAUUAUUUUUUCCCUAAUCAAGCAAUCAAACAAGUAUACACAGUUGCCGUCAAAAGAGUGAAAAACGUCCCUCCCCGGGAGUGCGGCAGCUCUGCUUCCCACCCCCCAAAAAUAACUGUUAUCGAAGAAAACCCGACUCUGUUGAACACAAUCCUAAUUGUUUUUUUGCGUCUUAAAGUAAUAUAAUUUUUGUUUUAUUAAACACUAGGAAAAGCCAAAGAAGAUUUAUUUAUUUUUUUAUAUCGUAAAUUAUUUCAACAAAACCCAACAACCUAAAGGAACAUCAGGUCGAACACGAAUCUUUCCAUGGGAAAUGUUUGCGUACCCUCCAGUAAAAUAGUUGUAAAAAAAACGAAAGCAAAAAGAAUGAAUCAAAUGCCUUACCAAAUAGAAAUAAACCAAAAAGUAAUCACUUCCACUUCCCCCUUGCUCCCGAAAAACUCCAAACUGUUCCAAGUUGAAGUACAAACCAAUCUGGAUCAAAAAUGUGCUUUUCGUGACACAUAUUUUAUGGUGGAAAUUGAAAAAGGAACGAUAUACACUGCCAGUAAACUCAAAACACACAUAAAUACACACACUGAUUAGGAAAAAC